GGGAAUAGUUCGUCUUCUCAGGCACGUAGAGCACGUGCGUAUGCCCAGGUAAGGGUGGGUGCGCGGGUGAAUAGUCAUUCUCUAGCUCUCCGUCUAGCAGUGCAGUCCAGUUAAUGUCUCUAUCAUAUAUAUAGUAUCAUAGUUUCUACCAUGCAGAACGAUUCAUUAUGCACACUGUCGGACCAGAUACAGGCUGCGGUUGGAAAGUCACAAAACGAAAUACUCGGGCAUUUGGAUACAUUAAUUUCACAAAAGUUGAGCUCGUUUGAGAGAAAAAUGUGUGAAAAUUCUGAGGCAUCUUUAAACAAGAUACAAGAAACAAUUCAGUGUACGGAUACCUACAAAUUCAAAAAGAGAAGUUGCGAGGAACAGUACAAGUUCAAUACCAAAGUGCGCGGGAAAUUAUUGGACGCCGCGCAGGCCGUCAGUACGGACAUGGACACCGCCAGGCUUAAGAUACAGGAGGGUAUGUCGCUUAUAGACUAUCGCAACAAGCUAAUUAAGUUGGCGGACAGUUCUGAAGCAGGCUGGAAAACCGUCGAUGAGUAUGUAGCAAAUCCUAUAGCGUCGGACUCCGACGAUGAAAGGAAAAUCGACAGGGCCAGCUCCAAGGCAGUUAAAAAGGCAAAGGCGGAAAAGUUAAAGUCCAGCAGGGGAAGACAGCGUUUCAACCCUUAUCAAAGAGAGACUUUUGUGUCCAGGAGCCAGACAAACGCCGCUACUACGACCGACAGAACAGGUCCUUUCCCACGGGGCGGGACCAAGCCCGGUACAUGCUUUGGGUGUGGAAAGGCCGGACAUUGGCGACAAGAGUGUCCGGAAAUCAAAGGAGUCGCCUCGGCUGUAUCCGGAUAUAAGAUAAGUGGUUCUUUAUUUGAUAUGCAUGAAAAAGUAUCGGCGAAGCAGGACGCAGGUAAGGUAGGGGCGACACAGGACGCUCCACGUGUCACAUGUGAUACUUCGCCAGUGGGGCGCUUGAAGGGUAAGAGCCAGUAUUGGGCAGACCAAGGUACCAUUGAAGUAGUACAAUCUAUCAUCGAGAGAGGUUAUAAAAUUCCUUUUCACGAAAUUCCACCAAGGGUGUCUUUGUCAAAUAACAAAACCGCAAAAGAUAACCCCGAUUUUGUCGUGGGGGAGAUAACUAAGCUUUUACGGUUAGGUUGUGUGUCGGAAGUUUCGUCAGAGCCCGCGGUCAUAAAUCCGCUCACUGUAGCUUUCAAUCAAUCAGGUAAGCCCCGCCUAGUUUUGGAUUGCAGGCACAUAAACCCUUUUUUGCAUAAAUUCAAGUUUAAAUACGACGAUGCAAGGGUAGCACGGGAUGUUUUCCAGCCAGGAGAUUUUUUGUUCACUUUUGAUUUGAAGUCUGCUUACCACCAUAUCGAAAUUUUUGAAGAGCACAGGCAAUUUCUCGGUUUUGAGUUUGAAGUGGAAGGCAAAACACGCCAGUUUGUUUUCAAUGUGUUACCGUUUGGUAUCUCUACUGCUGGUUACGUGUUUACCAAGGUUCUAAGGGAGGUGGUCAAAUCUAUCCGUUUAUUAGGUCACAAAUUGGUCAUGUAUUUGGACGACGGUAUUGGAGGUCACGAGACAGAGGGCGGGGCUAACGAGUCCAGUAGGUAUGUCAGACAGGCAUUGAUCGAUUACGGUUUUCUCAUAGCCGAGGAGAAGUCCAAUUGGGUAGCUUCCCAGCAUGUCACGUGGUUAGGUUACACGUGGUCGAUGGGAGAAGGCGUGGUCAGGGUCACGUCGGGUCGUGUCGAGCGGCUUUUGUAUUGGCUGACCAAUACGAUGACACAUGUCAAACAGAAAGACCUGCCUUUGCUCUCGGCCAGGUACAUAGCGGGCAUAGUAGGUCAGGUCAUAUCAAUGCAAGGUGUUGUCGGUCACGUGGCUAGACUACGUACACGGGAGUUGUACAGGUGUGUAUUGGCUAGAGCCAGUUGGAAUGCGCGUGUUUUGCUCACGUCGGGAGCUCUAGACGAGAUCCAAUUUUGGUUGUCUAACGUAAAGGCACUGAACGAUAAGGGUUCACAGUUAAAGCAACACCUAGUCUGUGACGCCAUACUUUGUACUGAUGCAUCCGGUGAGGGAUACGGGGGUUAUGUUCAAUAUGUGGACACAUCAGGCAGGUGUGAGCAUGUUGGAGUGACGCAAGGUGUCAACGGGUGCACAUACAUACACGAUACAAACAGUAUCGAGACAGGUGCAAGCAAAUGUUACCAAGGUGUAAUCCCCCAGGGGGACUUUGUAACGGUACAUGGUACAGAUGUUUUUCAACACCCCCAGGGGGCUUGUGAGGUCCGACCCCGGAUAUAUUUAGGCCAUGAUCAUGAUGGAACAAAAUGGGGUCAAACGUUCGAGUUUCUUGGUCAAUGCAACAGCACCCAGGGUGUUAGGGGGUCUCCGAGACCCGGGUUUUGCUACGGUAGCAGUAUUAGUCCCACGGGAGGACUAGUAGGUGGCCCAGUGAGUGACGUGAUCGGUCUGCAGGGCAGCGAGGUAAGCGUUUUGGAUCGCUCUCUUCCUACAGUAAGGGAUCUUUACCACAUGGAUAAACAUGUCGCGUUGGGAACAUGGGAUGAACGGGAGAAAAGGUAUAGCUCAACUUGGAGAGAGUUAGAAGCAGUCAAAAGGGUGUUGUUGGCUAAGGUCGAUAUGGUCAAAGGUAAGCAGGUAAAACUGUUAACAGAUAACAGAAACGUUUGUUCCAUAGUGAAAACUGGUAGCAGGAAGCCAGACCUACAGAGGGUCGCACGUGAGAUUAACGAGGUGUUGGAUUAUAAUAACACGGGCGUUAGUACACAGUGGCUACCAAGGAUUAGUAACAGUACCGCCGAUUACUUGAGUAGAUGUAAAGACUGUGACGAUUGGUCGGUGCAGUCAUGGGUUUUUGAGGAGUGUCAGUUAUUAUGGGGUCCACAUCAAAUCGACCGGUUCGCGACAGAUUAUAACAGCAAAUGUGUGCGUUUUAAUUCCAAGUGGUGGUGCCCGGGUACAGAGGCAGUCGAUGCUUUCACGGUAAGAUGGCAGGGAGUCAACAACUGGUUAGUACCUCCCCCUAGACUCGUUUGCGGUGUGGUUAGCAAAAUGAGGGACGAAGGAGCUUAUGGGACCAUAAUUGUCCCCCAUUGGAGGAGCGCGGCAUACUGGCACUUAUUGUGUCCUAAGGAUGGGGCUUUCGAUUCUUUCAUAGUAGAUUAUCGUAUACUGCCCAGUAGAAAAGUCACACUGAGGGGGAGGGGGAACAAUGGAUGUUUCGGAGCCAGUAUUUUGGGUUUCGACAUGUUGGCCCUCCGGUUAGACUUUAGACAUUGA